ACAAAUAUUUUUGAUUGUUGCCUAAAAAUUUAAUUUCAAUUCGUCUGUAGAUUUUAACUUAUUUUUAAAAACUAAAAAUACAUAAAAUUCUGACCGUGCUAUCAAAUAACAGAUACAAUGGAAGUGCCGUUGAAUAUAGAUCGUAUCUGUCGAACUUGUCUCAGUGAAACCGAAAGUCUUAUCUCCAUGUUCGAGGACGACGAUCAACAAAACAGCAUAUCGGCGAUAAUUUCCGCUUGUAGCAAUAUGAAGAUCAAACGAAACGAUGGCCUUCCGGACAAAGUUUGCAAAAAGUGUCUCCAGUUGGCACGGAAUUCUUUCGCGUUCAAGCAGCAAUGCGACAUUGCGUACCGAACUCUCCGGUCGCUCGCCGAGCAGUACAAUUUGAAAGUGGCGACAUCGGAAGGCGAUCCGGAAGACACCUCCAGAGGUACGCAGACAGAAGGGGUGGAUUGGUGUGACCACCGUUGUGCUGAGAGACCAACUGUUGCAGAGGUCAUUGAUAGUAAGCCAAGAGAACCCGAACGCAUGGAUGAAGAGCCGGAAAUGGUCGUUGAGGUGGAGUGCACGCCAGAAGUGCCAAGUUCUGUCGAGAGAGACUUCAACACCACGUUGGAGGAGAGUGCAUGCAAGUCGGAAGCAUUCGAAAGUGUGGAAUACUUGUCCGAAGCCUUCGACGAAGCCGCCCAGCAAAUCAAGAAUGAACCGAAUGUGGAAGAAGAGAUUUCAAACCUUGAUACAGACUUCAAUAACGAUCAAGUUGAUUAUCUGGAGCUUGAGUACGAACUCGAAGACGAGAAGCCUGAACCCGUUAAAUUGCUUAAGCUGAAAAAAUCUAUCAGAGCUUCGUCCGGAAGCCACACCUGUGAAUAUUGUGGCAAAGAUUUUGGAAGGGGAACGCAUCUGCGGCGACAUCUGCUAAUACACACUCAAGAAAAGCACUUCAAGUGCAAAAUUUGCGGUAAAGCAUUUUCCAGGAGUGAUCAUUUAACGAUCCACGAAACAACAUUCCACUCCAAAGAGCGACCGUUUGGUUGCCAACUUUGUGAAAAGUCGUUCAAGCGGUCGGAGCAUCUUCGGAACCACAUGGAAUCCAAGCACAGCGGAACGAUUAAAUCAAAGAAACAAGAAUUUUGCAAAAUCUGCAAAAAGGGAUUCACAUCAGUAAAAAAUUUGGAGUCCCAUCUAAAGACGCACACGGAACCAAAGACUUACAAAUGCGCUUUCUGCGGGGAAGAAUUUUCCAACAAAUCAAAUCAUCGGGUGCAUCUUCAAACAGUGCACCUUGAAGGCAAAACGUUCCUGUGUUCCGAGUGUGGCCAGAGCUUUCUCAGAAACGAUUACCUUAUGGUUCACAUGCGACGCCACAAGGGAAUCAAACCGUACAAAUGUAAAUUCUGCCCGAAGGCUUUCCCGCGGGCUACGGAUUUGAAGGUUCAUGAGAAAUACCACACUAACGAAAAGCCUCACCUUUGUACUAUCUGCGGCAAGGGUUUCCAUCGGCAUUACAAUCUCGUAGUGCAUAGCCGAACUCACAACGGCGUAAAACCCUAUCAAUGCCCGCACUGUCCCAAAAGUUUUGCCCAAGGAAAUGAUCUCAAGGCCCAUGUCCGGCGGCAUACCGGAGAGCGCUACCGAUGUGAGCUUUGCAAUGAGGGAUUCAUCCAGGGAUACCAGCUGACCAAUCAUAAGCGCACUGUUCAUAACAUCGAUACGGCGGGCAAUACUCGUCGAGUUACUAAAUACCUAACACCAUCGGCACAGGAACAGCAGGUUUUCCUUCAGAAACAACACCAACAAUUGGAACAAUUGUUGGAAGAUCAAAAAGCACUGGAGCUGCAGCAGCAACAAGCCGGUUGGGACAUUGCACGCGAGGAACACGAUCCAGACGUGGAGAAAAAGAUCCAAGAAACUAAAAAUCAAAUCCAGCAGAUUGAACGUCAGUUGGCUGAUAUAAACAGCCGUCUACAGGAAGAACUGGAACGCCACCAGCGAGAACAACAGUACGAGCAUGCAGAAGAUGGUUACAUAAGGGAAGAGAACAGUGAACCCAACAGAUCGGCAAAUGCUUCAUUUGGGCAGGAUUUUUUAAACGACUCCACUAGUGAACAGCAAUCUACUUCAACAGAAACCAUGAAGAAUGAAAGUAGUUCCAUCCAUAUCGUACGUGCUAUUAAAGUAACUGAUACGAUGGAAGUAUCAUUGAAUAUGGAUCGUAUAUGCCGAACUUGUCUCAGUGAAACCCAAAGUCUCAUCUCCAUGUUCGAGGACGACGAUCAAGAAAACAGCAUUUCGGCGAUAAUUUCCGCUUGUAGCAACAUAAAGAUCAGGCAAAACGAUGGCCUUCCGGACAAGAUUUGCGAAAAGUGUCUCCAGUUGGCACGGAAUUCUUUUGCGUUCAGGGAACAGUGUGACAUUGCUUACCGAACUCUCCGGUCGCUCGCCGUGCAUUACAAUUUGAAUGUGGCAAAAUCAGAUGGUGACCCGGAAGACACCUGUAGAGGUACUCAGACAGAAGGGGUGGUUUGGUGCGACCAAUGCUGUGGCGACAGAUCAAAUGCUGCUGAGGGCAUUCGUGGUGAGCCGAGAGAGCCCGAAUGCAUGGAUGAAGAGUCGGAAAUGGUCGUUGAGGUGAAGUGCACGUCGGAAGUGCCCGAUUGUGUCGAAAGAGAUCUCAACACUACAUUGGAGGAGAGUGCAUGUCAGCCGGAAGCAUUCGAAAAUGCUAGAUACUUAUCCGAGGCCUUCGAGGAAGCUGCUCAGCAAAUCAAGACUGAACCAGAUGAGGAAGAAGAGAUUUCAAACCAUGAUGUAGACUUCAAUAGCGAUCAAGUUGAUUACCUAAAGGUUGAGUAUAACAUCGAAGAGGAGCAUCCUAAUCCAGUUGAAUUGGUGAAGCUGAAGAAAUCUAUCAGUACAUCGUCGGGAGCCCACACUUGCGAAUAUUGUGGCAAAGUAUUUGGAAGGGGAACGCAUCUGCGGCGCCAUCUUCUGGUACAUACGCAGGAAAAGCACUUCAAAUGCAAAAUCUGCGGUAAAGCUUUUGCCAGGAGAGAUCAUGUAACGAUCCAUGAGUCAACAUGCUAUUCCCAAGUGCAGUCGUUUGGUUGCCAACUUUGUGAAACGUCGUUCCAACGGUCGGAAGAUCUUCGGAACCACGUGGAAUCAAAGCACAAUCCAACAGUCAAAUCAAAGAAGCAAGAAUUUUGUAAAAUCUGCAAAAAGGGAUUCAUAUCAGUUCAAAAUUUGGAGACUCACCUGAAAAAAACACACACGGAACCGAAGACUUACAAAUGCGCUUUUUGCGGGGAAGAAUUUUCCAACAAAUCAAAUCAUCGGGUGCAUCUUCAAACAAUGCACCAAAAAGGUAAAACGUUCCUGUGUUCCGAGUGUGGCCAGAAGUUUUCCAGAAAGUAUUACCUUACAGUUCAUCUGCGACGGCACAAGGGAAUCAAACCGUACAAAUGCAAAUUCUGUCCGAAGGCGUUUCCGCGGACGACGGAUUUAAACGCUCACGAGAAAUACCAUACUGACGAAAAGCCUCACCUUUGUACUAUCUGCGGCAAGGGUUUCCAUCGGCAUUACAAUCUCGUAGUACACAGCCGAACGCACAAUGGCGUAAAACCCUACCAAUGUCCACAUUGUCCCAAAAACUUUGCCCAAGGAAAUGAUCUCAAGGCUCAUGUCCGGCGGCAUACCGGAGAGCGCUACCGAUGUGAGCUGUGCAAUGAGGGAUUUAUCCAGGGAUACCAACUGACCAAUCAUAAGCGCACCGUUCAUAACAUCGACACGGAGGGCAAUACUCGUCAAGUGACGAAAUAUCUAACACCGUCGGCACAGGAGCAGCAGGUUAUCAUUCAAAAACAAAAAGAUCCGAGAAGCUAAAAAUCAGAUUCAACAAAUAGAACGUCAGUUUGCUGAUAUUAACAUCCGUCUAUACAGGAAGAACCGGAAGUGAGAACAACAGUACGAGCUAGCAGAAAAUGGUUUCCUAAGGGAAGAAAACAGUAAACCCAAAAGAUCGUCUAUUCAUGAUUAACAGUUUCGCUCCUUUAAAACGUAUUUAAAUAUGCAGUGAUGCAAUGACAUUCCGUUAAAGGGUUCCAAACAAAGACAUAAAAUUUAAUUGGAAACUAAUAAACCUAAAUUGAUUCGAUUGCAAAGAGAAAAACAUUCAUCAUGUCAUCCAAUGAAAAAUAGAACGCUAUUGCUCUAAUGUUGA